AUGAGCUAUAAUUAGAGAGAUGAUUACGAUGAGGAAAGAUCUCUCAACGAUGAAGAAUUGGAGAGAAAGAUUAUGGCAGAUAUAGAAAACUUAGAAUCAGAUGAUGAAAAUAAUUCAAUGUUAAAUAUUGAAAAUGGUUCAAUUUUAAUUGAUGAUUUGAUCAAAAGGCAGAAUGAAAGAAUAAAGCUUGAUGAGUUAGAAUAUGAAAAAGAAAAUUAAAAAUUGAAAGAUUUUUUGAAAAAUAAUAAAGCAGGCUAAGAAAUUUUUGAUGAUAUUGACAGAGAACUGGCCAAUGCAAAAAAAUUAAUUAAAGUUAAAGUUAAAAAAGAUCCAAAACCUAAAUCGAAGCCUAUGUCUAAGACAGGCUCGAGGUAAAAUUCAAGAGCUGUUUAAAAGAGAAAGGAUAUCGAAUAAUAAAAUUAAAUUAUAAAUGACUAAGAUGAUUAUAAUAUCAAUUUAAGAGAGCAGGAUAAAGAAUAAACUGCAAAGUCUUUGUCAAAUUAGAACAUUUAAAUCAAUUACAAUGACUUAAAAAAUAGUAAGAUUUAAAAUCAGAGCUAUUAGAAAGAUAUAGAGCAAUAAGAUGCAGAAAUACUUGAUGGCUAGCCGAUGGAAGAUGAUGAUGCAACUGAGUUUUUAGAUGAUAGUGAGGAUGAGGAUAAUGUCAGCUUUGUAGAGAUUGUUGAUAUGUUCGGAGAAGUAGUAAAAGUAAAACCAGAUAUUAUAACUGAAUCAUAGUAUAUAGAAAUGAAAAAGAAGGCUUUGCUUGAAAGAGAGCAAAAAGCAAAAGAGAUAGUUUUUGCUGAAGAAAAAAUUAAAAGGGAAUUUAUGGCAUAAGAGGGACUUUUAUCAGAUGAAGAUAGUAUUAUGUCAUAAGAAUUUAUAGAAGAGCUAAAAGAUGAGCUAAGAAUGACAACUCAUGGGUAUAUGCUUAAAAAUGCUGAUGAGCAAAUAGAAAACAUGAAAAAGAGUAAUUUAAUUGAUAGUAUGGUAGCAAAUAAAAAUAAUAGCAUAGUUGGAUUGAAUAAAAAUGGUAGUUUGCCAUCAUUGGCGAAGAAUGGAAGUGUUGGAGGAUUAAUGAAAAACUCAAGGGUAGACGCUAAGAACAACUUACAAAAUAUAGAAAUGACUCCUGAAGUUAAAAAGAAAUAAUUUUCAAGCAAAUAAAAUUUGCUCAGCUCAAUUGAAAAAUCUUAAACCAAUUUGUAAAAAAGUGGGAUGAGACAAUAUGAAUUGAUUAUGAGUGGGCAAAAGGCUCUUAAAAGUAGUGUAACAGAAUCAAUUAUUUUUAAGUAAGAGCUUGAAAAAAAAUUGUAAGAUAAAUAAGAUAAAAUAAACCAAGAGAGAGAAAUAUAUGACAUGGAACACGAAGACCUCCUGUCACUUGAAUAUGAAGAAUUUCUAUAAAAAAAGAGUUUCUAUUAAAAAGACUACAAGCUUCCUCCAUAAUUCGCUGCAUAUUAAGAAUAACCAACUCCCAGUUUGAAUGAUAUUUAUUAUGACGAAAAUUAAUUGAGGUUGUUGAAUGUUAACUUCGGAGAACCGUUAAGUUUAAAUGACGAAGGAAAUAUAUUAACUAGAGAUAGUCAUUAAGUAAGUUUAGAAGAAGCUGUUAAAGUUGUAAAUAGGAGGAGAUUAGCUCCACCUUCAUUAAGUAAUAAUAAUAAGGUAAAUAAUUAAAAAUCAGAGAAUAUUGUCCUAGGAGAUUUAAGUUAUUAAGCUUCUUAUAAUUUAACUGUGAGAAGUACUAAUUCUAAUUUGGUAAAUAAGAAUUAAGUCAAUAAAAAUAAUUAGAAUUAAGCUAAGAUUCAAAAUUAAAUGAAAGAUGAAGAAAAUUCUUUAUGUAAAAUAACAAUUCUUAGCAAGGAUAAAUUGAAACAAUUUACUAAAGUAGAGGGAGAAGAAGGGAAAGAAAUUGUUAAUGCACAGAACAAAGUAAUAAAAAUAUCUAAGCUAGAAGAAAAAUAAGCUCAGUAAGCUAUUGGAUUCGAAUCAUUUAUAGAAAUAUGUUUUAAUAAGAUGCAAUUUUGUCAUUAACAACUGCUUCAAAAAUAUGAUAAAAAUAAUAUUAUUAAAGAGCUAACUAGAAUUUUUUCUUCUUAUUAGCCUAAACUUAUAAGGUAGUUUUUUGAUAUAGAACAGGAAAAUAUAUUUUAAGAUGAUGAAGACAUGUUUUAAGAAUCUUUUGGAUAGUCGAUAUCGAAUAAUGCGUCUAAGCUGGAUAGUGGAGGUGAAAUCAAGAAAUCACUAAAACAGUUUUUGCAGUUUGAUAUUUUUAAGAAUUUUGAGAAAAAGAGGAGAUUGGAAUUAAAGUUAGAGAAAUUAGGUGAUAUUGAAGGAUUAGAAAGACUUCCUAACAUAGAAAUUCUAAGUUUAGCUGUGAAUAGAAUUGAUAAAUUAGAUAAAUUGAAUUAAUUGAAUAGUAGUAAAAUAGUUGAAUUAAAUCUUGCUUAAAAUUAAAUUACUGACUAUAGUGCAAUUAAAAAUUUAAAGGAGCUCAGAUAUUUAAAUUUGGAACUUAAUAGAAUAACUUAAAUGGCUGAUUUAAGCAGCUGCAAGCAUUUAGAAGUGCUGAAUUUAAAUAAUAAUUAAAUCAAAAAGCUUGAAAAUUUAUCUGGAAACAAGUAACUUCGUAAACUUUAUCUUUUCAGAAACAAAAUAGAAAGUAUUGGAGAUAGUUUAAAGCAAAAUCUAUUCUUAGAAGAACUAGAUAUCGGUAGAAACUAAAUAGUAUCUAUAGAUGGACUGUAAAAUAACAUUCUUCUAAAAAAGUUGGUUUUAUAUUAUAAUUUCAUCAAAGAAAUUCCAAAAGAGUUUUCUCUCAUUUUCCUUGUGGAGCUUUACUUGAAUGGAAAUAAGUUAGAAAAUAUCAAUGGGAUUUAAUAUCUGCCUUGUCUUGAGUAUCUUCAUUUAGGCCACAACACUAUUCAAAAAGUUACUUCUUUGCCUAUGCUUCCUAACUUAACUACUUUGAUUAUUUCCUUUAACAAAAUAUAAAAUUUUGAAAGUGUUCUUAAUUUAGUAAGAGCAUCACCUAAUAUAAAGUAUAUUGGAUUUAAUGAUAAUGACUUUGUCAAAAGAAAUAUUUCGGAAGAUUUAAGGGAUUUAUACGAUUACCUUUUUUUGAGAUAUCUCCCUAGAUUGUAAGAAGUGAAUCAUCAGGGUAUAGAUAUAGGGAAAAAGAGAUAUUUAGAAAUGAGAUUUAACUAGAUACUAAAGCACAAAAAGUAGAUUAAUUCAAAUACAAUUUAGGCUUUUUUAAAUGAGUUCGCAAUCAUAACAAGACAGCACACAUUUAUACAACAAUAAAAGAGAAAUCGAUAAAUGAAUUUAUUUGCUUAAAAUAUUACCUUUUACAAGUUAGACUCAUCCUUCACGUUUAAUCAACUAAUUUAAAUGUGGAGUAUAUCUAAUUUAUAGAUUGCAAAUUCAAAUUCUUCUAGGCCUCCAUCUUCAUAUUAAUCAUAAUCAACUUAUUCUUAAUUAAGACCUUCUUCAUCCUCAUCAAAUACUAAUCAAUAAUCAUAUAAAUAAUCAUAAAUGGUAAGCUCCUAGAAUAUAAUAACCUUAAAUAACUCUAUUUUCUUUCAAAAAGACUUCUUUGAAAAUAAACAUAAAAGAUCAAUUCAUAAAAUAAAAAGUUUAGGUUUUAAGUCUACAUACAAAAUUAAAAAGAACCAAAAAUUUUACUUAAAAAAUCUAAAGAAAAUCAUAACUAUUUAAAAGUGUUAUAAGGGAUAUUUACUUAGAAAAGUGGUUAACUUUAGAAAGAUAUUUGACUAAAGGUCUAAACAUAAAUAUGCUAUUAUCAUAUAAAAAACUUAUAGAGGCUACAGAUUAAGAAAAAAAAUGAAGUAAAGAUUAGCUAGAGCAAAAUACUAAGAUGAUGAAGAUUUGCCAGAAUUUGAUGACGCUUGGCUUAAUCAACCAAUGGAUGAUUUUGAUACAGGAUUAAAAAUACCUGAAAAUUUCGAUGUAAUGUCAUUUUUAAAUCCUCCAUCAAUAAACAAUAAAUAAAAUAUAAAUUAAACAAAUACAAAUAAUUUUGUAAAGCACUCAGCAUCUUAAUCUUAACCUUAAAAAAAUACUUUACUGCCUCCACUGUAACAAAAACCUUAACCUCUAAUACAAAAUAAUAAUUUUAUGUCUAAUGGUGUCCCUCUACCAACCUUAAAUUAAAAACCACCUUCACCGUUAGUAAAGAAAAAAUUACCAACAAAAUCUGCUGUAGAUUAUGGUAAUUUGUUAAACACCUAAAAGGCUAAAUUGAAUAACAGAACAGAUGCUAAUUCUGAUUUUGAUGCUCUAUCUAAUAAAGAGGAUACUUUCAGCUAGUCUGGAGCUUCUAUGAAAAGUGAACAUAUAAGAAAAAAUGCUCAUUCAAUGGCAUCUCCUUCAAAUUCUGGUUUAAUUUCUAGCAAAAAACAAAAUUCAACAGGAAAAUAACUUUAACCUUUAAAAUCAUACAAAGUCACAGAAGAGGAAAAAUAAAAAAUAGUUGAAGCUCACGGCUUUACUAAUCCUGAACUUGUGUAGACUUUUGCCUAUAGAAUAGAAAGAAUGAGAAAAAAUAAGAUAAAAUAAUAGCCGCUAACAGCAGAGCAGCGUUAUGAAAAAUUUUUAAAAGCAUCUAAAAAAUGA